UAUAACCCGAGCUGCCGCCGUAAGUCACAAAGCAGGAAAUGGAGGAUCCAGAGCCCAGCUCCCCUCCGUCAUCAUGCGCAGGGGCUGCAAGUGAAAUUACGCCACUUCCAACUGACUCCCAAAAGAUGGCUAUUCCCCAGCAACAUUCAGGUGGAGAACGAGUCCGACGUAGACGGAAGCCCACCAAAACACACAAAAAUCCACCACAGAGCUCUCCGGAGAAACCGUCGAUUGGCGUUAGAACGGUCUCCCUUUUACCUCCUGAAAUGUCUUCGCACUUUGCACAUAGGAGUAAGAAAGUAUUUGACUCGCUUUAUCCCGCAACGCUCUCUGAACAUAAAGAGAGUGAAGAAGGAGCCGGCUCCUCGGAUGGACAAUCUGGAAGUCCACCCGGGAAAUACGCUACUGGCUAUUCAGAGCAUAGUCUUUCUGUAUCACCGGAGACCACGGAAGCCGAGGAGCAAUAUGUCCGAGUGGGAGUGGAAAGGUACUGCGCCAACUCUGCCAACUCUCAGAAAGGAAGUAAAGAGAAGCCAUUCUUGUGCACUUUAUGUGGGAAAAGGUUCAGCCAGAAAUCCCUGCUCAUUCAGCACCAUCGGAACCACACAGGGGAGAGACCCUUUCCCUGCAUAGAGUGCGGCAAAAGUUUCACUUCCUGCUCGUUGCUCAUUCGACAUCACAAGAUACACACGGGCGAGAAGCCGUUUGCGUGUCCGGACUGCGGUAAGCGCUUCAGUGAGAGCUCGCAGCUUGCUCGACACCAAAGGACUCACACUGGAGAAAGGCCUUACACGUGCGUUGAGUGCGGCAAGAGCUUCAGCGAGAGCUCCAAACUGGUCAUACACCAGAGGACCCACACCGGGGAGCGUCCGUACACAUGUGCUGACUGCGGCAAGAGCUUUAGUGUGCGCUCACACCUUAUCACGCACAAGAGAACGCACACCGGGGAGAGACCUUACACCUGCAAUGUCUGCGGGAAAGGCUUCAGCGAGAGCUCCAAGCUUGUCAUGCAUCAGCGCAUUCAUACCGGAGAGAAGCCCUACACCUGCAGUGCGUGCGGCAAGAGCUUCAGCCAGCGGUCAGUGCUGGUCACCCACCAGAGGAUACACACUGGGGAAAAGCCUUACUCCUGCCCCGAAUGUGGCAAAAGUUUCAUCGAUAAAGUGGGCUGCGACCGCCACCGCGUCACUCACAGCAACGAAAAGCCCUUCCAGUGUCUACUGUGCGGCAAAAACUUCAGUCGCAACUCAGAUUACAAUAAACAUCAGAGGACGCACACGGGCGAAAAGCCGUACUCGUGCAUGGAGUGUGGGAAAAACUUUAGCUGGAGUUAUCAGCUCGUUAGACACCAGAGGGUCCAUACCGGCGAGAAACCCUACACCUGCAUCGAGUGCGGACGAAGUUUCUGCUGGAGCUACCAGCUGGUCACUCAUCAGAGGUCGCACUCCAACGAAGGACCCUGUGUGUAGAUGUCUCGCCUGCUCAGGGUUUGCUGGUUUGUACCUGGUGCCUGUGGAAAUGAGUUAACCCAACCGGGGUGGACAUGCGCAACCUACUUGGCCGGUAGAUUCCAAACAUUUUUUAAUCAUCCUUUCCCAUGUCUUUGAGGAACACGG